CCGUUGUGUACACGGUGUUUUGUUUUGUGUCGUGCAUUUGUGCCGCUUCUACAGGGCAAUGCUGUAAACAAAACUGGAAGUCAGGGCUUACGAAGUAAUGAUGCCUCUCAAGUGGGACUCCUCUUUGUCACUCGGAGCUCUACGAUGCUGGAACGAAUAUAGUAUGUGACGUGAAUUCGUGAUGCGGUGGAUGCCAUGUUAGUGUCACCUGCAGCCGUGCUGCGGUUGCGACCGCAUCAGACAACGAUUGUUGUUCGUUGUGUGUCCACGUUCUUGUGAGUAUGGAUAGUUAGGCACCGUGCGACCACAGUCUGCAAAGCAUGUCUUGCUGCGGCGCGAGGAUCUUGGUCUUGGCGAUUUGCAUCAUUCAGCUGAUCGCAACAUUCCAACGCCAAGUCUUCGACUUCCUGGGAUACAUGUGGGCGCCCAUCCUGGCCAACUUCUUCCAGAUCAUUUUCGUCAUCUUCGGCUUCUUCGGAACGUACCACUACCGGCCAAGAUAUGUCGUUGCCUACAUCAUCUGGACUCUCUUGUGGAUCGGAUGGAAUCUCUUUGUCAUCUGCAUUUACAUGGAAAUCGGUGCCCUGAACAGGGAUUCCAGCAUUCUGGACAUGGGCACUGGAAGUCGAAGCUGGUGGGAGGCCAACGGCUUUGGCUGCGUGGCCAUCUUCAACUAUAGCUCUUCCGACGACAUCUUGGCUGUCACUAAGCCGGUGUCGGUGGCGGGAUGUGUGCUUCCUUACUACUAUGUGGAAUGCAUUCAAGCUGGCGUGCAGUGCCUGUUAGCGUUUGUGGGCUUUGUUGGAGGUUGCUACCUGAUCUACCUUUACACUCAGGAAGAUGAUUCAUUUGCACCCAGAAGAAAAAGCAGCAAAAGAAAACCACUGAACAGCCUGCCUUAUAGCAUCGAGUUCCGUACUGACCCACCUGCUGCAGACGGUGGCGGCCCCUCUGCGGGUGUCGGGUUGGGCCGCGCACACAUGACUCCUCGACGAGUGAAGCGGCGUUCGACUCGCUCCAAACGGUCGUCGGGCCAGACGCAGUACCAGAAUCCUGUGACGCGCCUGCUCGACCGGUCCCUGGACACGUCGAGCAACGACAGCUACGCCCAUUUUGGCGGUCAGUGCAACCCAGUCUACCUGGGAUCCCGCACCAGCCUCCACUCGCUGUAUGGCAAGGCCAACCCCAACCUCAGUGGGCCUCUGCGGACGACCCACCAGCACAGCGCCACUACAGGGCUGCCCUCUACAAGGCACUCCACAAGGGGGCGCCACCAGCCCUACGUGGACAGCUCUGAGACAAUGAUAUGAGUGGUGUGGAGCACAUUGUGCCUGCGCAAAAGUGUGCGUGUGAGCAUGAAGGUGUGCUCAGUGCUUAGAGGCAAGACGUCAUCUUUUUUCUGGUGGGUUGUUAGGUGGUAGAGCAUGACCAUUCCUACAAUAUUACCAUAUGCACAUUGGUUAGCAGUAUGAAAUGAAUGUGUAGAUAGGGGUCAGUAGGAUAGAAUAUUCAGGUUUCAACUCCUCACCUGAAAAAGAACAGAAGAUGAAUAGGUCCUAGGCUUGAGUGUAGUAACUGCUUAAGGCCAUCUGGUUACCUUUAAACAUGCGAGUGAGUUUAGUGUAGAACCCUGUGCUGUUUUUGACUGCGCAGCCGCUGUUCUCGUGUACCCGUGUUGACGUUGAAGGCUGUACUUUAUUGAACAGCAACUUUCAGCAGUGUUGCUAUACUAAAAGAAUUAAUUUCAGGGAGCGAGAAAGCAGUUGCAAAAGAAAAUCUGUUAUACAAUAUGCUGUGCUCACAGGAGAUGAAAUAUUCCUUGAGUUUAUAUCAGCAGAAGCCAGAAUACUGACCUGAACCUUGUUAUCCUUACAAUUUAUUGCCAUAAAUUUCUGCCCAUGUACAGCCACUUUUAUUGGACUCUCUUUUAAAAGGCGUUCUGCAUUGUUUUGAAACAUCAUUGAGCACAGCCAUGUCAUGCCACUUACCACAUGUACUUGCGUCAUUGACAUUGCUAGGUGCAUUCUUGUUGUCCUUGUUGUUAAUCUUUUGCUUUAUUUCUUUUGUGUUUGUUUGUGUGUGCUAGACUGCAUGGUGGUUGCGAACUAUGCUUGGCAUUUGCAUUCGUCAACUGAGAAGUGCCGUUAAAUCGCCCCUUUACAAUUCGGCUUUCGUUCGUAAUCUUGCGGGCUGUUUCGCAGUAAUAUCUCAGUGAUGAUGCGGGCACGCAUCGCCUAAAGUAGUGAUAUUGUAUGCAGUUUUACUUUUAUUGCAAGGAAGCUAAUGAAGGUGCCAGCCUUUUUAACCUCACCAAAUGAAUUUGCCUGGUCUAGAUCUCAUGAUUAUACCAAUUACAAAAUUUAUUACUGCUAUCAGUUUUUAGCAUUAUACCUGCUCUCACCAAAGAACAAAGUUUGGAGAUUCUGAAAUUCAUUCAUUUCUUUCUAGCAUUGUGCUGCGAGCAGGAAAUGAGGAAAAGGCAAGGUAAUUUCUUCAGAAGUGCAAAGGUGAUACUCCUCAGCCUUCAUCUUCUGUUACUUGCUUUUUGAACCCUAUUUUCGUGCUUCUAUAUAGAUGGUUCAUAGUAAUUCCAACACAGAAAUUUAAAAUCUGUGAUUUUACUUGAAACAUAAUUCAAGGUUUUGGUUGGCCCACUUUCUUUCAGUUGAAUAUUGAGGUGGCUUAGUUCAAACAAGGUUUUUAAUAACAUAAGUGAAACGUUCCUGUUUCUCACAAGAAGCACAGCUGAACACCUCAGAGCAUUUUAGACCAAGUUGGGAAUAGUGGGAAUGUGCCCACGUACGGUGUGCUGUAUGUGACCAACAUGGUAGCAUGUCCGUGGCUUGGAUUACUCUUUUGUGAGAACUUAUAAUUUUGUUUCUAGCUGAAUUGCAUUCAAAACUUCCAAUUCCUCAUUUAAAAAAAUCUUCUGUGCUCCUGGGAACUGAGUAGACUGCAAAUUGUAAGUUCUCAAGGCACAUCUGUUUUUGUAUAUUCAAAAUAAUUUUUGAAAAGAUUCUUUCAUUAGUCUGUUCAUUUUCGUACCAUCUUGGGGCAAUCAGCUUUUGAUGGCUGUAGAUGUUGAUGCUGUUGACUGUUUUCAAAGGCAGAGCUUGACAGUGUCUACAAGCUUUCUUUUGCCGUGUCUACCUCCCGAGUUUUGUCAGUUUCUUGCUCGUGUCAAAGCUUCAAUCUUCACUUUGCAUAUUUAUUGUACUCCUUGUGUGAUGGGGCUUUGCAUUCAUUGCAAAACCAAUGUUCUCAUUUCUGAUCAUGUGAGAAAGAUGUGUGAAACAUUUAGCAUCACACAUUCAUACGCACAAAAUAUGGCACAAUGUAGUUUAGCUUUUAAAAGCCGACUUUGCACUGAAGUGACGAUAACAAACUCAUGCUGUUAGCAUUUUUAAAAAUUUGUGUUUAAUUAUUUAUGGCAUGGUCACAUCAAUUUUUUCCUAUGGCUUACUUCUUAGCCUUCUUUUUAAUAGUUAUAAGAUGGCGGAACAGCUAUACCAUUUUUUUACUUUUUCGGGGUAGAACAGUGCUACAUUUUAUCAGAUCUGUCUGGGCAUUGCAAUUAGCUUCCUUUUUGUUUACAGGUAGCCAACACCUUUAAAGGGCCACUCACCAGGUUUGA